ACUUUUCUUGUUGGAUGGCUUGAUGAAGUAUCAGGAUAAAAGUAUAAAAAUAUUCUUUUGCAAAUCAGUCUCCUAUGGGUAAUUUGGUAAUUUUAGAGCAGUCCAAACAACGAGUCACAGCAUAGAUCCAAGCAGCACCGGAAAGAGGCUCAACACCGAUGGAUUCGCCGGCGGAAAGUGAGAUACCGAAACCUAAACAGCGGCCAAUUAUACGUAUCGGUAUCUUCAUCAUUUCUCACAGCUUCUUUGUUAGUGUUAUUUGCUGUACAGCUGGUGUAUUGGCUUUGUUACUGUUACCUGUUCUUGCAAAGAAAACCUAUGUUUCAGAAAAUGCCUUAAUGCCUGGUUCAUCAAGUCCCAUGAUCUCUGAUCAGGAUGUCUCCCGGGCAAGCAGAUUUAUCGAUGAGCUAAAUAGUCUUUAUCUCGAGUCUCGUAGCUCAGGCAUAGAAAUUCCAAGACUGAUAGCACUGCAUAUGGCAAACUUGGGGGGAGAAGUUAGUUAUCAUAAGUUCCAAUCUCAACCAAACAAAUUUCACCCGCUUCAUUUUUUCACUAGUCCCAAUGCAGAAACAAACCGUGGGAAUGAGACUUGUGAAUCCUAUGCUACCAAUACUGUAGGAAUUAUUAGGGCUUCACGUGGUGAUGGGAAAGAAUCGAUUGUGCUUGUGACUCCUUACAACUCUGUAAAUCUUAGUCAGAAUGAGGCUUUAUCUUUAGGAAUUGCUUAUGCUGCAUUUUCAUUGUUGGCUCAAGUUACCUGGCUAGCUAAAGAUAUUAUAUGGCUAGCUGCAGACUCACAAUAUGGUCAAUAUAACUCGGUUGCUUCUUGGUUAAGAGAUUAUCAUACUCCUUCAUUUGAUGGAUUUGGAAAGGUAGAUGCCGCUAACUGUCAUGGAAGCAAUGGCAUACAGGAAUCAAACUUGGAUAUGAGUAUUGAAACUGAAGUAUCUGAUACUUUUCGACGUGCUGGAACCAUGGCAGCUGCUCUUGUGAUUAAGGUUGCAAGCACAAGUGAAGACGGCAACCAAGAUGCACUGAACAUUUAUGCUGAGGCAUCUAAUGGGCAAAUGCCAAAUCUUGACCUUAUAAACGUUGUGAGCUAUCUAGCAGUGCAUGGACAAGGUCUUCAAGUAAAGAUGGAGAAACUUGUGUCUUUAAUUGAUUCAAAGUGGCUAAAGUUCAUUGGUGAGGUGUUUGAGUCAGUAGGAAAGAUUGCUAGAAGUUUGAAUCCUCAAUUGAAAUUCGGUAUCUCUGUAAAGGAUUAUGUAGAAGGCAGUGCUACUCUUGUCAGCUCACUCUAUAACCAGGCAUUAGGCGUGCCUACUGGUUCCCAUGGCGCUUUUCGCGAUUAUCAAGUUGAUGCAGUUACCAUGGAGAUUUCACCGAAAAUAACUUUCAAUAGUUUGGGCAGACAAACAGAGUUUUUGUUUCAAGGUGGCAGGUUGAUUGAAGGAAUUGUACGUUCUGUCAAUAACCUGCUAGAGAAGUUUCACCAAUCCUUUUUCUUGUACCUGUUAACAUCAUCGAACAAGUUUAUAUCUGUUGGAGUCUACAUGAUUGCAUUCUUACUGCUUGUUGCUCCACUUCCUGUGGUUGCUGCUUCUUUGUUUUCUGAUGCCAUAAAAUCAGAUGAAGAUAAAGCAACGUCUUCCGAUUCCAACUCAUAUAAAUCUUGGAGAUGGCUUUAUCCAGCAAAAACCAUAUUUCUCAUUCAUUUAUGGGGAGCCAUCGUCUCGUUACUUCCUUAUUUCAUAUACAAAAUACCGGACUCUCAACCGACUUCCAACAUUCUUAUCUGGGCUUCCCUUUCAAUCUUUAUCCUAACUGUUUUGCACUUGUUUUUUGGGCCCCAUACCUGUCAUCUUCAAGAAUGGGCUCUUCUGAAGUCAGUCACCGUCUCAGCUGCGUUUAUUGGGCUGUGUUUGAUGUCAGUCAUAAACUUUGCAACUGCUGAAAUUGGAGCUCUACUACUGGUGCCAAUGUGCUUAGUGGUUAAACCAUGGCGGGCAGCACGUAAGGUUCACUCUGCUUUAAGUUUGGUUUUGGUGGUUCUCGGGUUUCCUGGUGUUGCAUUUUUUGUGCUGAAAGCUGCAUUUGGGGUUCAAAAUGGGUCUGGUUUAGCUGAGUUUUGGUACUGGCUGGAGUCUUUAUGGGCAUGGAACAGUGCCACUUACAUCUAUUUAUGCAUGGUUCAUCUUCCUUGCUGGGUCUUGUGUAUUUACAUUUUGUUACAUCCAUGUUAGAUUAUAUCACUUCAAAUCUUGCGCUUCUUGGUUUUUCUUAAGUAGAUAUACUGUUAGUGAACAGGUUGUAAAGUAUCUCUUUACCCCUUUCAACAAAAAAGGUGAGAUCUCAUUAUUUCAUGUAUAAGCUUUUAUAUUAUAUUUAGUUGGGCUUCAGUUUUAUGGUUCUGCCAUUA